GCGGUGUGGCAGGCUGCAUGAUUGCCGUGCGCGGCUCGGGACACUGGGUAGCCGUCAAUGUGCCGGCGCGAGCAUGAGAUACGCCGCGGCGUCCAGUGAUCCCGGGAAAGGGUCAGUGUCAGCGCUCGGCUGGUCCCUCUCUCCCUGCUAAUUACUCUCCCGCCCUUUUCCCCUCCCCCACCCUCUCCCCUCCUCCCGGCCAUCACCACCUGACUCUUCAUGUCUUUCAACGACCAGACCUGGUUCCCGACUCACCUGCGAGUGACGGUUAUCGGUGCCCGCGAUCUCCGGGCCAAGCGCAGGGACGGGCUGAACAACUGCUACACGGUGAUCCGCCUGGGCAAUGAGAAGUACAUGACCUCGGUGAAGAGCGGGUCCCUGAGCCCCGAGUGGAAGGAGGAGUGCACCUUGCAGCUGCCCUUGGUCCUGGACAACUCGGACAGGUGGAUGCUGCACCUGACCGUCAAGCACAACAACAGCCACCUGCCCGUGGACACCUUCCUGGGCCACGUGGCUCUGCCCAUCGCCCAACUGUAUGACAACAAGAGCAGGAGGAAGAACGAAUGGUAUGAUCUCCAGUCAAAACCAAAUAAAAUGGCAAAGAACAGAGGUCAGCUACAACUUGCGUUUGAGUUCCUACGUGACAAUAUGACAGCAAGUUCAUAUGAGCUAUUCAAAAGAAGACCUCAGUCUGUGUUUGAUAAGUUUAAGGACAAAGUAACUUCCUUAAAAUAUGGAAUGACUCAUGAGAUUUUACCAUCUGAAAAACCCAGCACUAGCUUGAAGCAUCACAAAAAUGGAAAAAUGUCAAAAUCACACAGCUAUGUAGCACAAAUGGACUCCAGGGCUGAAACUAUUCCAACAUUUAAUCAACCAGAGAUGGACAAGCAAACUGGAGCUGAGGUUCUCUCUCACCUUUUCCACAGUUUCCACAAAAACUCUGGAGAUGAUGAACACCCUAAGAUGCAUUUAAAUAAGAUAGAUGCCCUUGCAGAAAAUGAAAGCCAAAUUAAGCCAGACAAAAUGACAGCUCUGAAACUGGAGGAAGCAACUGUUCUAAAGCUAAAUCCUAACAACAUUGACCGUAACAUUUUACCAGAAUGUGCAGCUGAUGCACAUGAGCUACAACAGGAAACUGGCAGACCCUAUGUUUCAGCUUAUAACUCUCCAUUGGAACCUAAAAGUCCCCACCGCAUUGAUGAUAUCCCAAGGUUAACAUCUUUUGUAAUAGCUGGUCUGGGUCGGGAUGUUUCAUUCAAGGAAUGGAAAGCAAAUCCUCCAACUUGUUGCACUCAUUGUUUUCGUCAGGUUAACUCAAGAAGCAGGUGACAGCUUUAACUUUGAACAUACCAUACUGCACACUAUUCAAGUCACUUUGGG